AUGCCUUAUUCGCCCUUCCUUGUGCUUCCUUCCCACGCCCAAAACUCACCACAGGACUACCUCAACGCUCACAAUGCAGCUCGUUCACAAGUGAGUGUAGCAAAUAUUACAUGGGACGCUGCAGUAGCAGCCUAUGCUCAAAAUUAUUCCAAUUUCCGGACCAGCGAUUGCAACCAUGUGCAUUCUGCUGGGCCUUAUGGUGAGAACCUAGCCAAGGGCAGUGGUUCUUUCACAGGUACUGCUGCGGUGGACUUGUGGGCGGCAGAGAAGCCUCACUAUGACUAUGCAUCCAAUUCUCGUGGCGGAGGGCAAUGCUUGCACUAUACUCAAGUGGUUUGGCACGAUUCGGUUCACGUAGGGUGUGCCAGGGUCACCAAUGCACCAAUGGCUGGUGGUUUGUUUCUUGUAACUAUGAUCCCCCAGGCAACUAUAUUGGGCAGCGUCCUAACCAAGGAAUCCCCUGAGUUGCCUAAAAAAAUGCCACUAUUAAGAGUAUAUAGGCACAGAUAA